AAUGGCCAGCAGCAGCAGGAGAAGAGUCAUGAACGAGAUCAAGAUCAUGAAGGACAACACGUCCGACUGUAAGUAGCCCCCUCUCCUUUACAGCUCCCACAGCACCUACUAACACCUCCCAGUGAUCACCUUUGUCGAGUCUGACAGCUUGGAUACGUGGUACAUCAAGAUGAAGGUGGCCAACAACCCUCUCUACAGCAAUGAGGUUUACACCUUGAGGAUCGACAUCACCAGUGACUAUCCUUUUCUGCCUCCCAUUGUUCGCUUCGUCGACCUGCCCAUACCUGUUCAUCCUCACAUAUAUUCCAAUGGCCACAUCUGCUUGGAUAUCCUAGGUAGUGCCUGGUCUCCCAUCCACAAUAUCCACUCUAUGGCUGUAUCAAUCCAAUCGAUGUUGGCUAGCAAUACACGAAAUGAAAGGCCUCCUGAUAACAGCUCCUAUGUCAGCCAUGCACCUUCGAAUCCCCAGCAUGCUCUGUUUUACUAUCAUGAUGAUACCAUUUAAUUCUCCAAUUCUACUUUUCUACUUUUGGCUGUUUUAUACAAAUUCUCAAUUUUUUUUAUUGGUUUUCGAUUUUUUUCAAAUGUCU